UCUUAAUAUACUAAGUAAUAUAUCAUAGGCCAGUGGUCUUUAACCUUUUUGGACUCUUGACCCACUUUUUUAGGCUUACAUUUUUCACGACCCACUUAAGAUUUGUAGAAAACAAAAAAAAAAACUCGAUGAAGUUGAUAGCCGGUGGAUUUAAUAUGUAAAAAAGCUUGGCGGAGAUGAUAAGCGCAAUCGAUAUAUUUCUUACAGGUAAAAAGGUCAGAUUAGGUAAUUGAUAGCAGCGCCCAUACUAAUCAUAUAGACGACAACCGAACACGAGGAAGGUACUUAAUUUAAAUAGAUAAAAUAAGUAAAAUAACUCUAAGUAAUGUAGUAUGCAAACCAUGACUGGUAGACAUCUAGGACGUACCUAAUUAACGUAUUUAUAGUACCGAGGUAUAAAUAGAUUAAUUAUUUUAAAAAAAUGAUCUAGUCGUAGACCAUUAUGCUAUACCAACAGCGUUAUCAGUAUAUGUACGUAUUUAGAUACAAUGAAUAACUUCCAUCACCACGGUGUUAUAGACGUGUGUGAUAUAAACACAAAGAAAGGUUCAUUCGGUCCAGUUUACUAAUUUACUAUAGACACUAUAGUAGUACAGUUAAAAUAUGUACAUAAACUGAGCUUUUUUUUGAAAAUGUAUGUUUUUUUUUCUUACAAAACAAACGCACAACGGUCAUCUUAAUUACGUAACUGGUGCGUUCCGGUUUAAGUAAAAAUAAUAAACAGGAGCCACUUUUACGUGAAUCAGCCAGGAAGGUCGUAUGUUGUUAUCUUUUUAUACUUUCACGGGAUGGCAUUAAAUUUCAAAAAGGCCACCUUAGUCGUUGGUUUGUCCUUAAGUGUCAUUGUCAUCUGCAGUGUCCUGUACGUAUUCAUUGUAGGAUUUGGACAACAAAAUAACGACAACGUUGGACCUGGACGAUUUUCAGAUCGUUCACUCAAAUUUGUCACCGUACUGUUCCGUCAUGGAAAUCGAGCACCAAUGUUAAAAUACAAGACAGACCCACACAAGAAUGCUUUUCCAGAAGGAAUAAUGGAAUUAACGAAAAAAGGAAAGCACAAUAUGUACAAAAAAGGACAAUUAUUUCGACGCUUGUAUAAUGGUUUCUUAAGUGACUUAUACUUGGACAGUGAGAUUUUAAUCAAAACUACCAACACAAGUCGGACGUUCAUGUCAGCGGCAAUGGUUUUAGCAGGAAUGUAUCCACCAAAGAAUUUUCAAAAAUGGUCGAACUCAGAAACUGUGUGGCAGCCUAUUCCCAUAUACAGCAAUUCACCAGAUCUCGGAAAUUUAUUCGGAAGAAUGGGAAUAUGUCCGUCUAUUGAUUCUUUUCUCAUAAAUCUCCCACAAAUUAUAGGUUAUUCUGCGGACAAAAAUAUAACAGCACUGAUAUCGUUUUUGUCGGAAAAUUGCGGACAACCGAUGACCGGCAAAAAUGUUUUUCUACUAUACGACCUUUUUUUGUGUCAAAUAGCUGAUGGCUUAUCAGUACCAGAAUGGAUAAAACCUUACCACCUCGCAACAAUGAAAUCAAUUUCAUCAGAAAUUUCAAAAAGUAUUUUUGAAAAUACAAAUUUAAUGAAAUUACUUGCAGGACCUCUGCUAAAUGAAAUUGGUUUGAACAUGGAAUCAAGUUCAAAUAAUUAUAAUACAACAAGAAAAAUGCAUCUUUAUGCGGGACACGAUAUUAGCGUAGGAAUGGCAAUGCGCUUUCUUGGCCACACUAUUGAAAUGCCCGGUUUCGGUGCUUCGUUACAUUUCCAUAUGUAUUACGACGUAACAAAAGGAUACACAGUUAAGGUAUUCUAUUUUGAUCGAUGGGACAAUGAAAAGGGUGAAGAAAUCUCAAUACCUAUUUGUGGUAAUCCCUGCAAAUUUGAGGACUUCAAAAAUCUUUUGACCAACAAUUUCUCUGAAAGUUGGGAAGAUGUGUGUCAAAAAAUAUAAAACUACCUAUAAAAUA